GAAGAGAAGACAAUCUGACAGCUGUCAUUGUAUCGCCCAUUUCCGUUUCUUUCUUUUAACAACAACCGCAGUAUGAAAAUCGGCUUGUGUUCAUUCAGCGGGUAUAAAAUUUACCCCGGCCAUGGGAAAACCAUGGUCAAGAUCGACGGAAAGACCUUCACUUUUCUCGAUAAGAAAUGCGAGCGUUCGUUUUUGAUGAAGCGCAAUCCCCGUAGAGUGACUUGGACCGUUCUUUACAGACGCAAACACAAAAAGGGUAUUGAGGAAGAGCUUAAGAAGAAGCGCACCCGUAGAACACAAAAGUUCCAACGUGCUAUUGUUGGCGCUUCAUUGGCCGAAAUCAUGGCCAAGCGUAACAUGAAACCAGAAGUGCGCAAAGCCCAGCGGGAUCAAGCUAUUAAAGUUGCCAAGGAACAAAAACGCGCCACAAAAGCUGCCAAGAAGGCUACAGCUCCAGCACCAGCCAAGGUGAAGUCUGCACCAAAGCAAAAAGCAGCUAAGGUUUCACAAAAGUCGGCUCCAAGGGUUGGUGGAAAGCGAUAAUAAGCAUUUUCUAGGGACUUCAUUUUUAUAUGGAAAAGUGUCGGUGAAUUAAAAAAUAGUAAACAUCAAA